AUGGCUGGCUCGCGCUUCGCAUACGUCAAAAGCUUUGAGCUCCCGGACCCUCUUCUGCCGGGCACAUUCAUAGUCUUGCGUCUGGACGGGCAUGCCUUUCAUCGGUUCUCGGACGUACACAAGUUCGCAAAACCAAACGACGUCCGCGCGCUUGAGCUCAUGGACCGCGCUGCGCGGGCUGUGAUGGAUGAAUACAAGGACGUCGUGCUCGCGUUCGGCGAGUCGGACGAGUUCAGCUUCCUGCUACGACGAUCCGCGCAGCUCUACAACCGGCGCGAGGCCAAGAUCCUCACCACGCUGUGCUCGUACUUUACCUCUGCCUACAUCUUCCACUGGCCAACCUUUUUCCCGGAUACGCCGCUGGUCUACCCGCCAUGCUUCGACGGUCGGAUUGUGCUCUACCCCUCCGAUCGCGAGGUGCGAGAUUACUUUGCGUGGAGGCAAGCGGACACACACAUAAACAAUCUGUACAACACCGCGUUCUGGGCUCUCGUGCAACAGGGCGGACAGAGCACGACAGAAGCGCACGAAACGCUCAAGGGCACGGUUUCGAAUCAGAAACAUGACAUUCUCUUCUCAAGGUUCAACGUCAACUACAACGAGCUCGACGCGCGAUAUCGCAGGGGCAGCAUACUCGUGCGCGAGCCGAUGCCCGAGGCCGAGGUAGAUGGAUCUGGCAAUGAGGCGUCUCGAGAGGCCACGCAGCAGGAUAGUUCGGACACCCCGGCGGGAUCAGCCGGACGCAGCACGCAGAAGGCUGUGAGGAAGAAAGCCAGGACUCGCGUUCAGCUCAUGCACUGCGAUAUCAUCGGCGACGCAUUUUGGGCAGCGCGCCCACAGCUGCUGGUCGGAUGA